UUUUUGUUUUUUAUCGGCUGGGCCUCGACUUUACCACUAUCUGCCUUCACGGCUACCAAACGAGCUCUCGACGACCCAACGACAUACGAUAUACGACACACGACAUCAUGGACGAGGCACGGUACCGCGAGCUCCAGACGAAAAUGGCAGCACUGAAGAACCUCUUCGCGAGCCGGCACUACUCGCAAUGCGCCAAAUUCGGCGAACUGCUGCUGAGCGAGAUGCACGACCAAACGCACCCCCUCCACCUCGCGCAACUCAACUUCUACACCGCCCUAUCCCACGACACCCUCGCCCGCGAAGCCUCGCACGCACACCGCUGGCGCGCCCUCAGCCUCGCAGAAGCGCACUACAGCACCGCGCUGCUCGCCCUGUCGUCCCCAGCACUGUGCUCGCCCACGUCCCCGCAGUCCUCGAUGUCGGACUUCCCGUCCCCGCGCCACCGCCGCGGAAGCUCCGUGUCGUCGUUCCAGAGCAGCGCGUCCAGCGCCACCUCGCUGUGCAGCGAGGACUCCGCGACGUCCCCGCGCUACCCCGAGCAGCACGGUGUCGCGACCCCGAGGCCCAUGACGCCGCAGCAGUUCUACGCGACUGCGAAUACGGCGGCGUUUGCGCGUAUGCUGGAUGCGCACCUGGCAGAUGUGAGGGCGCAGAAGCGCAGUGCGGGCGCGCCGACGGUGCGGUUCCAGGCUGUGCCGGCGUCGCCGACGUCGCCGACGUCGCCGCGUGCGAGCAUGAAGGCGGCAAGUAGGGAGGUGGAUUUAGAGAGUGCGCGCGAGGCGGUGCGCGAGAGACGGCGGAACGUGCGGUUUCGGCCGCGGUUUGAUCCAACGGGGGUGCAGAAGCUGUGUUGCGAGGCGCUGGCGGAGCUGGGUGGGUGAGGUGCGCUGACACUGUUUGUGUGUUUGGUUGCUGUAUGUUGCACGCUGGGCGUAUGUUUGGCUGCUGACGACGUUAAUUUCUUCUGUGUGUAUUAGUAUACGUAAUGUUUUGCACGGGGG